AUGAAUAAUAUUCACCUUGUUGUAUUUGCUCAUGGCUUAUGGGGAAAUCAUAGUCAUUUACAGUAUUUAGUUGAACGAUUUGAGAAAAAACAUAGCCACAACGUUCAUAUUCUAAAUUCAAAGAACAAUUCAUCUGCUUAUACUUAUGAUGGUGUAGAUGUUUGUGGGGAUAGACUUAUUUAUACUGAAGUUAAAUCACUCCAAGAUAAAACCUUUAAAGUCACUAAGUUUAGUAUUGUUGGAUACUCUCUCGGUGGCCUAAUAUCAAGAUAUGCGAUUGGAAUACUUUAUAAAAGAGGGUUUUUUAAAACAGUUAAACCGAUUCUGUUCACAACAUUUGCAACUCCACAUUUAGGCAUUCGACGCGAAGACGAUAAAACGUUUACAAAAAUAACUAAUUGGGUAUCAACAACACUCUUGUCAAAAACUGGGGAACAACUUACCUUCAUGGAUAAAUACGAAGAAGAUGAGCCGAUUUUAUUGACAAUAUCUCGUCCAGACAAAAUUUACUUCAAAGCCCUUUCCGCGUUUAAAUAUAGAACAUUAUAUGCAAACGUCAGGAAUGAUAGAACAGUUCCUUUCUGGACAGCCGCGAUAUCUGAAGUCGAUCCAUUCGAUAACGUCGAAGAAUUAAAAAUUUCAGAAAAAAUUCCUUUUAUGAAAAUGUUAACAAAUCAGUCAAAAAAAGUUGCACGUUAUUUGUUAGUUGGCUUAGCUAUUCCUAUUGUACUACCUUUGUGGAUUGUCUUUAUACUUAGUACUAUUACAAUACAAGGAAUAUUGUCAAGGCGAAGAGUGCAAAAGAUUUUAGCUUCAAAAGCCAAAAAUGAGGUUUAUGAUUCAAAUCAUGAAAUCUCCGUUAGAACUACAAGUUUAGAAGAAGAUGCCGUAGAGGCUGCAAUGAACAUAAGAAAUUUUCUCACACCGAGUUCGCCUACAACACCAAAUUCAGCAAAUUCAUUAUUACCGUCAAUAAAUCCAUUGGAAAAUUUUACUACUACAUCUUCAGAAUUUCCUCAUGUUCAAUUAUGUAAUGAUCAACGUAAAGUAUUUGCAAACUUAAAUCAAUUAACAUGGGAAAAAUAUGCUGUUUAUCUUGAUGCAUUCAAUUCACAUGCAGCUAUUGUGAUGAGAAAUUCGCUUCAAACAAAGGGAAAAGAAAUCAUAAAACAUUUUGUGAACGAGAUAUUUAAGGAUAAUUAG